CUUAUAUUUUGUCUAAGAUCACUAUCAAUUCAAUCACUUACAACAAGGUUUUAUUAUCUGUCAAACAAGAGGAUUCUAACCUAAAAGGGUAAAUACUGGUUCAAUCUUAACAGAUGACAUGACACUAAAAAGUAUUAAUAACCAUCAUGAAUUGAUAGCAGCACAGACACCUUCCUGGUUUCAUUUCACUUCCGGUGUUGUUCUUCUAACAACAACCCUUAUAUCUUUGAUUUCAAACGGGUCCGUUGUUUUUGCCUUAUUGAUAAAAAACAGGACGUUGCUGACUAGGAUUACGACCUAUAUUAUAACAAUAUGUUGUUUGAACUUAUUAAUGGCAGCUUUUGGCACACCAAUGGUGGUUAUGUCCUGUUUUAACAAAGUAUGGUUGUUUGGAGAAUUAGGCUGUACUUACUAUGCCUUUUUGAUGACAUUUGGUGGUUUGACCUCUAUGCUUCUUUUGACCUUGAUUUCUGUCGAUCGGUACAUAUAUGUUGUAAGGCACAAUUUAUCCAAACAUCUGUCAACCAUGACAGUCAUCAUAUCCAUAACUGUAUCCUGUCUCAUUACGCUAGGCUUGACCAUUAGUCCUUUUUUUGGAUGGAACCAGUAUACAUAUGAAGGAGUUGGUACCUCUUGCGCAAUAGAUCUUGUUGGAGAAAACAAUAACGGCCAAUCCUUCGUACUAACCAUCUGUGCUAUAUAUUUUGCUGUACCAGUAUUUUCGAUGUUAUUUGCAUACGGAUCAAUUUAUGCAAAGGUAUCGAGAGACUACAAGGCAAAAUUAGGAUAUAGUCGAAGAAAAGAUUCCGUGUCAAAAAGAAAAGAAUUCCGAAAGAAAUUGAGUAUUGAACAAGAACUUGCAGUUACGCUUACUAUUAUUAUUGGUUUCUUCUUGAUAUGCUACACACCAUACACGAUUGUACUUCUCUGGCAAGUAUUGAGUAAGAAUUCUGAAAUGGACCCAAUUGCCAUGGCAAUACCGGCCAUGAUUACUAAAAUUGCGGGAAUUUUUACACCAUUCGUCUACUUAAGCAAGAACAAAAUCUUCAGAGAACAUAUGUUGAAUGUAUAUCCCUGUUUCAAAUCGAGGAACAGAGUACAUCCUUGUGAAAAUAUUGAGCAACCAGCAGUAACAAACGUUAACACAAUAGACGAACGAGUUAGUGCGAAUCAUUUGGAAACAAAACAGGGCAACAGCUCCAAGCAGCGUGAUAAUAGAAAAUGUUCACUUAUCAAAAAGAAAACCACGAAAAUUGACGAAACUGGUACCCUUAUGAUAUCAGAUGUUCAUUCAACAGUUGCUGUAUACACUGUAGAUAAAUCUGAUAUUUAUGAUAAUCGAAGGGAACUUUCUUUUUCGCAGAAUAUUCGGAAACCCUCGGUGGAUAUUGCAGACACGUCUGAGACAGAGAAUGUUAUUGAAAAAUCUGAUGGUUCCAAAAAUGUUACCUUUGGUGACAUCUAAUUCGAUGGUGACCAACAUAAAUUU